GACAAACAACUUACGUAAAAUUGUGUGUGACUGCCAUGAACAAACUACUGAAAUCACCCGAAGAUAAUAUGCCACUGAUGCAAAACAGAGCCAACAGUCACUCCUUAGUAUUAAUUUUAAACAUGCAUAUAGCAGGAAAAACGCGAGGACUUACUAAAUGAAGCAUAGGUAUGUGCAUAUCGAAUUUAGAUACAUGUUAAUCAGCGAAGCGAAAUCUCCAUAGAAAGAUUAUAUUUUAUAGUUGAUUCUUUAAAAAUCAAAAUGGCUCAGUCUCUAAUACGAGAUAUAAAUUUUGUCAUUACUAUAUAAAAACCCAAGACAGAAUUCUUUUUAGUCCUGGUCCCGGCGACAGCUUACGGCACUCGUAUUUAUGUCACCAAAGCGGGUAUCCAUACAUUUAACAGUGUCAAUAAUAAAAUAAUUCAUCAAUAGGAAUGUCAGACUGGACGUCAUACAAGUUCGUGGUCACGUCUUGCAUACAGCACGGACGUGUAUGUCUGUCUGCCAAGACCAACGCUUAGCCUCUUGCGAAGUUCUCCACUGUUAGUCUCGGCUAGCAUAAAUAAUGUGAAUAAACCGGAAGUUAUAUCGUCUAAUGCCUCGUUUUAAUAGUUAAUCUGAAAUGUGAAUAAACAGGAAGCUCUGUCGUCUAAUGCAUCUUUUUAGCAGUUAACUUGAAAGAAAAAGAAAAAAAAAAAUUCGUCUGCCAGCAGUCCAGGGGUAUUCGUGCACGCAGCGUCGAAGCCAAAGGGAAAUCACUCUGUGUUCUACUCGCUGCCCAGGAUAAUUCGCAUGGUGGUUGAAAAAACAAAAACCCGUAGCUCUGUAAUGUCUGCUAAAACUCCAAAAAGACCUUCGUCCGCCAAACGUCAUAUUAAAUAUGACAAUUUUUCGCAAUUCGUGAGUGCUAGUCGGUUGAGAAGAGUACAGAGUCUUAUGGAUGGUGGCAGCAGCGGAAAAAAGUCAGAACAGAUAGAUGCAAUUCUCUGCAUUGCAGGCAUUGAUAGCAGGUAUAAUGAGGGUUGUUAUGAGCUUAUCAACUAUCUCCUUUUUGGAUUUUUUGAUGUCAGGAGAGCAGAGCUUGAAAAAUCUGGGUUUCCAGAGGAAGUUGUAGAUGAUUUAAUAAUUGUAAUCCGCAAGAAUAGAGUGGACAUAUACUGCAACCCUAUAAACUGGCACUACUUCUUGCCUUACACUAGUCACUGGAUCAAUGUGACCUACCACUGUUUGCAAGAUGAAGAGUAUAAUGUUGAGAGCGAAGAAGGAGCACAGCAUGCUGAAGAGUUCAAGAUUCAGUCAUUGAUUUCCAUGACUCAUGGUUGUCAGUUCAUCGGGGUUCCCUACUACAGCCUGCUGUCAUAUGAUCAGAAAUUUGACAAAAUGAUGGUGGAAAAGUGGCCUAUCAUUCAAGCUUUUGCUUUAGAUGACUAUAGUGGGAAAGGAUUUUUCACACUAAGGUUUGAUGUGUUGGAUGUUAGCAAGUCAGUGCACAAGUUCUAUGGAUUUUUGGAUCCUGUCUCUGUUGAGAUCCUUGUUACAGAGGGUCUUCCUAUGCUGGAGAGACAGUGGGAUAAUAUGUGUGACAAUAUCAGCCUUAAAAUCUCCAAUGGCAUCGCUGUUAUCAACCAGAAAGGGAUUGCAGAAGGACUUGACAGUUUUUAUCAACAUGGCAGAGUUGGAAAUCAUAGGCAUGAGUCAGGGAAUUUCAAAGAGCCCUAUGUAUUGUUUGGCAACAGUUCUAACCAGGAUAUAUUGGUUGCCAUGCAAACUGGAAAACAGGCGCCAGAUUGUCAGUUACACCUCAGCAAGAUUCAGUCAGUAGCACAUAUGAUAUGUCGAGUGACAUCCCCUCGCUACCCAAUUACUUGCACAAGGACUUACUUUUUCUCACAGCUUUUUACAGAUGAUGACGAUCCUGCCAACGAGCGGAAAGCUACCAGCAGUGGUGGAGGCAGUCAAGACGCGGCGAGCAAAAGAGCAGAGCUGAGGUACUUGGUUACGGUGUAUGCGGCAAUGGUGAAUGGCGUCAUGAGGGGCAUCCAAGCAUACUCACAGUCGGCCCUCGUCGCCAAGGCUCAACAGGAGGCCCUUGAAGCCCUGGUGGAGGGAUGCCAUAGCAUUAUGACCUCCGCUCUCAAGGGCUGCCUCUCCAACAGGUCAAAGGUUGUCUUCUCCAUCGAGAUGUUACACAGAGACGGAAGCGUGUCUGAAGUUGUUGACGGACAGCACAACACCUGUGCAAAGGUUGCAACCAUGACCCUGUAUGAUAUUCCUGCUAGCCAGCUGGAUGCUUGCUCUCCUGGCUCUCUGGUCUUCUCUGAAUGCUUUCUGGAUUCUUUCAUACCGCUUGCUGAUUUAGGAAUGUCAUCCACUGUAAACUAUGAUGUUCUGUAUAUAACCAGCCACAUACCCAGAUACAGACUCUGGGGGGUGACAGCAAACACAGGAAGUGAUCAUAAAGCAUUAAAGUCAAAGAUAGAGUCCAAUACUGCUAGAAGGAUGGGGUCCAUGUUGAUGUCAGGUGACCAAGUGGAUCUGACAUCCAGUGCAUUUGUUACUUUGCCUCCUGAAACAGUAAGCCUGUAUGUGUACAAACAUGGACUCACUCUGUACAGUGAUAGCUAUGGGUCCUUUUCUCUCCUGGCUGCAGACUGUAGCAAGCUGCAGCUGUUUGAUGGGGACUCAACAGUAACUGCAGUGCUUUUGAUUAUUACUUAUCACACCUGGUCUGCUGUGAAGCUUCCACCACAUUUGGUUGCUCCUGAUAAGAUGCUGGUCAUUGUCUUUCCUCCACGAAGCAAGGCUCAUACACAUCUGUUUGGGGAGGUGUUAAGGGGCUGGAAGGAGGACUCACAAAUGCCCCAAGUAAACCGGCUUCAAAGGGAAGAGCUGCCUGAUCGGUUGAAGGAAUUAUAUGGCUACCUACAGCAGGUUCACAAAAACAGUGGAUGGCAAGUUAACCCUUCUGCUGUCAUCUCACUCAAGGAUGCUGUGCACAACCUUCCACACCUUCCAAAAUUUUUGACGCACUUAACUGCAACCGUGUCAGUAAACACUCCGGUGCAACGGUCAGAUCUGUUACACCUGAUUGAGAGAGAACCAGCCGUUGCUGUCUCAAGCAGUAAUGACCAGGUGGUGGUGACAAUUCUGACGGGAGUGCCUGGCAGUGAAAAAGAAACUCUCUGUAGUCAUCUUACUACAAUAGGCAAGGAUCAUAUCAGGUGGACUGUGGUCAGUCAGAUAGAACAAGCAACACUGGAUGUGGUCCAGCUACAUAGGAUGCUCAGCUCAGCUGUGACGUCACACUUGCAGCAGGAUGCUAAUCUGCGUCAGACCCGUGUUCUUCUAGUGGCACCAGGAUUUGUGAACACUCCAGAUGUAGUGAGUGCCAUUCUCAGGCACCCAGAAGCCAAAGUUCGCAGUAGUCUAAAAAUUGGAGCUAUCACAGCUUGCAUUGACCCACUCAACACCUUUAUGCAAAACAGGAUGACAUUGCCAAUGUUGCUGAACCAGUGUGCCCAGGGCUGGGUGAACAACAUUAUCUUCACCUCACAGACAAAAGCACCAAGUGCACUACUGGACACCAUUCAGAGCAUGAUCAGAAGCCUCAAUGUUGAUGUAGCGCUCCUGCUGGCGGAGAAUGGAGAAGUCAAGAGGAGCACAGACCUGGACCAGGUGCUCAGUGACACCGCCUUUGAUGAGCCCGCCAUGAUACGAGCCCGCAUCCUGCUCUUCUCUGGCUGGAAGGUGCUGAGGAGUCCGUCUGCGCAGUGCCCUCUGGACAUGAACGACAUCAUCCUCAGGUUCUCACGGCCCCUGGAGAAGGCCAGGCUCCUGCAGCGACUGAAAGCUCUGCCCAAGACUUUGUCCAAGUUUCCCUUCGAGGGCAACGUGUAUUACAUCGAGGGCUACGUGCUGUUUUCAGACGUGGCGGCCACUGUAGACAUCCGCUACACCACACUAAGUCAGAACCUCAUCCUGCGCACCCAGGCCAGCAGUCAGCGCCCAUCAUCAGAGGGCAGCACCAGUACUUCAUGGCCUUCACUGGAUGCAGCCUGCAGGAGGACGUGCUCAAGGACUGGUUGCGAGCAUGCACAAAGCAGAAACCAGAGAAGAAAAAACGCUUGGGUAUAUCAGACUUGACGCAGAAGGAAAUCAACAACGUUCAUAAAGAGCGACAUCUGGAGCCACUGCCUCCUGGCUGGUUCUACAACGGCACACAGUUUGUCAGCAUGUCUGGCGAGCGCUCCGCAACACCCUUUACUGGAGCAGUUUCUGGAGGACUACCUGAAGGCCAGGAACGAGGAGG